AAUGACAAACUGGUACAUUUUACCCGACGAGCAGAAUAUAUCAAGUGGGUUUAUAAUUUUUAUUAAAAUCUACUUAGGUAUUGCCGCUUGUGUUGGUUUUGUCGGAAAUACUGCAACUUUAGCGUCGUUAGCUAGUUUUAAAAAGCUUCGAACUAUUCCUAAUAUCUAUUUGGCAAAUCUAGCUAUUGCUGACUUACUGGUUUGCUGUAUAAUUAUUCCUAAUACUUUGAUUGGUUAUUAUGGCUUAUACGAAAAAAUUCAUUGUAGAAUUAUUGCUCUAAUUUCACUUAUGUGCCUAAUGGUAUCCGUAUUAACUUUAGGCCUUGUUGCGUUGAAUCGUUACAUUCUUAUCUGCAGGACCAGAGAUACUUACGAAAAAAUUUAUACAACAAAAAAAACUCUUGGAAGCGCAAUUUGUGCUUGGUUAUACGCUUUACUCCUCUUUACACCACCUUAUUAUACUUCGGCCGAGUACACUUAUAAUACAAAGCUUGGAGCUUGUCUUUUUGCUAGUAAAUCACCUCCAAGCUAUUUCUUUAUACUCGUCUGUGCUGAUUUCCUGGUUAUUUUUCCAACGCUUAAUAUCAUGCUAUUUUGUUAUUGGAAAAUCUUGAAAAAGUUUCGCGAUUCGCGGCGAAAAAUUGGACAAACUUCGGUAACCACAACAACUAGAGAAACCAACAGCGAAACAUCCGAAGUACCUCCAAGGCGAGCUUUCGUUUCAAAGGACGACAAAACGAGAAAGACAGGCAACAAAUCAUCCACUAACUCUAAAACAAUGGCUCUCGUAAAAAAUCUACUAGUUAUAACUGCGGCUUUUCUAUGUAGUUGGAUGCCUUUAGUUAUCACUUAUAAAAUCGAUUAUUAUGGCAGUUUAACUUCGUCAUACUAUCAUUUUGUUUUCGCUGUAGCUUUAGCAGGUAGCUGUUUGAACUUUCUUAUUUAUGCUUUUCUCAACCGUCAAUUAAAAGAUGCUUACAUCACACUCGCAACUUGUAAUCGGAAACGUAAUAUAUAA